UAUCCUCACGCACGUUGAAAGGGAUCCGGAGAAUCUCGCCAGUCCUAUCGCAAGAGACCACCCUAUCAUCCGGCAUAGUUGACCAAGUGUGCUUACAGAACAAUGUGUGAAGGAAGAGGAGUUCACUAGGCCAUACGGUCGAAUGCCCCAUCAACUUUUCCCCCGAAGAGAUUCGCAAACAUCAUGAGGAUAGUGAGGGCUGGAAUGAAAUACAAGACGUUCUGGGACGCUGUAUCAGGAAUCAUGAGCCGGGAUGGCUGGACCUCACAUGCCACAUACGACCAGGCGAUUGCCAUUUGUUCUCAGAUCCAAGCAGAAACAGCCCCUCACGCAAGUCACAAUGUCUCAUAACUUCCUAGGUGUUCAAUUCUGAUUACUCAGACAGCUCUGGCAAGCAUCGAAAUAUAAGAUCAUCGGCCUGUGAUAGCUCGAGAAAGUGGACACCGCUUUCAGCCGGCGUGGCGAUGAGGAGUUAACCAAGCGGAGGAUGAGCCUGCUGGAUGAGUUCUGAUAGAUGCGCCCACAAGGGAAGGUCACAAUGUCACCAAGUUGGAAGCCUC